UUCAACCCACUCCCCGCUGUUGAGAGAAGUGUGUGGGCUGCACCCGUUACUAGGUGGGGUUUCUGCUGUGUAUAAAUACGCCUCUGUCGUUCCAACAUCUCCUCAACCUCAGUCACCCAGUCCUCCUCUUCUCCCACGCCGCGCGACAGACUCCAGCAGUCCCACCAUGUCCUUCAUCACAGCCUUCCUGCAGCAGACGGUCUAUCUGGGCUUGCCCGAUGACUCAGUCCUCAAGAAUGAAGGAACAGUGACUGCAGCACCAAACUUCAGCUCCAGCGGAGACGCAGCAGUCCUGGACAAGGCCAUCAAGGCAAAAGGUGUGGACGAAAACACCAUCAUUGAAAUUUUGGUGAAAAGGAGCAACGAGCAGAGGCAGCAGAUUAAACAGGCUUACCAGCAGGCCAGUGGCAAGCCUCUCGAUUCAGCGCUGAAGAGCGCCCUGAAGGGAGAUCUGGAGGAAGUGGUGUUGGCCUUGCUGAAAACACCAGCCCAGUACGACGCCCAGCAGCUGAAACUGGCCAUGAAGGGUCUGGGAACAGAGGAGCCCACCCUCAUAGAGAUUUUGGCGUCCCGGACCAACAGAGAGAUUGAGGAUAUAAAGAAAGUCUACAAGGAGGAAUACAAGAAGGAUCUGGAGGACGACAUCAGGUCCGACACCGGUGGAGAAUUCAGGACUGCUCUCCUUGCACUCUGCAAGGCCGGCAGGACUGAAGGAGUUUCCGAGCAGCUGGUCGACAGCGAUGCCAGGGCUCUGUACGAGGCUGGCGAGGGGAGGAAGGGCAAAGACUGCUCUGCGUUCAUUGAAAUCCUGACCACCAGGAGUGCCCCUCAUCUCCGCAGAGUGUUUGAGAGAUACUCAAAGUACAGCAAAGUGGACGUGGCCAAGGCUAUCGACCUGGAGAUGAAAGGAGACAUUGAAAGCUGUCUCACUGCAGUCGUGAAGUGUGUUGGAAGUAGGCCUGCAUUCUUUGCUGAGAAGCUCAACUUGGCCAUGAAGGGUAGCGGUACCCGCAAAAACAUCCUGACUCGCAUCAUGGUGAGCCGCUCUGAACUGGACAUGAAACUGAUCAAGAACGAGUACAAGAAAAACUACGGCAAAGCACUGUACCAGGAUAUUCUGGAUGACACUAAAGGAGACUACGAGAAGAUUCUGCUCGCUCUCUGUGGGGGUGAAAACUAAACACCAAUCAAUGGUAUUAUAUCUCCAAAGAUCCACCACCAGUGGGGGAAAAUGACCUUUAACCUUUUGACACAUAUUGUGCCAUAUGUUCUUGUGGAGAACUGCAAAGUUUAACAUGGAGUCUGCACUGCACUCUCAGCAGACUAUUUCCUCUUAUAGUUAUUAUUUCUCUCCCAACACUCUUGUCCAAGCAGUGUUAUAAUGGACAUGUGAUCCGUCAUUCUCGUAUCUGAUGCUAGAAAGGAAGCUAAAGUCACGUUGCAGCUGAAAACAUGUAAACUAUAAUGUCUGUGAUGUGCAAAGAUUCCCCUGUGUAUGUUACAGUCAGUAGUAGAACUCAACUUGAAGGAGCUCGGAUAUUCUGAAAAUAAAACCUUUUGGUAUGAAGGCUUA